UUGCUUCGGCCACACUUCGCUUGCCCACAUUCAGAAUGUAAACAAUUAGUUACUAAAUUCUAAAUAAAGCGCGAUAAUUCUCAACGUGAUAGAAGUGAACGUUUCAGUACUGACGUCAUAUCGUUAUCAAACGCAGAACAACAGAGUUUUAGAAACAAAACCUUAAUAAAAAGACCAUGUCGGAAACGAAGAAAGGGGACUCCCCGAAAAAACACAAACUUCAAAAUGAAUGGACGCUUUGGCUUGUGGAGUACGAUCCCUUAACCACGUGGGAGGAUAUGUUAAGGAAGAUCGACACCUUCGGCACCGUCGAGGACUUUUGGAACCUUUAUUUCCGCAUCGACCCGCCCUCGAAGCUCAAAAAGGGCUGUGAUUAUAUGCUUUUUAAGAAGAAUAUACCGCCCAUGUGGGAGGACCCGGCGAAUAGGCAAGGCGGUCGCUGGGCGGUCUUCAUUCAAAAGGGUCAUAAAACGGAUCUGGACAUCAUUUGGCUUGAUGUUCUCCUGUGCUUAAUUGGCGAGGUCUGCGAAAACUACGAUCACAUCUGUGGAGCUCUCGUUAGGAUUCGCAAGAAGAUCGAUAAGAUCUCCAUCUGGACGAAGGACGACAAAGAUGCGGAGGCCAUCCAAGAGAUUGGUCGCAAACUACGAGAAGUCGUGCGCUUCAAAAGCAGCCAUAUCCUGCAGUACCAGGCGCACAUGAAAGAGGAGCAUAUUUUAAAGAUUAAUUGAAUCUAUUCCCUGUUAUAUCUGUUAUAUUUAUAUCUCAAAACGACACAUAUAGACUACUAAUUUUAAAAACGUAUAUUAUCUGUCGUAUGUAUGUAUAAAAGAUAAUUUAUGUAUGUAAAGACGAUCGUAGUAUAGCUAGUCGUUGAUCAUUAUCAGUUACAAUUUAUAUUGUGAAAUUCAUAACUUACUCUCAAUCUUAAGCUCUCUAACAAUUUUGAUACCUUAAUGUUUUCGAAUGCAAUUAACAACACAACUAAAACCCAAAUAAACUUUAGUUAUUGCAAAACCCUCAA